AUGACGAGCGUGGGUGAAGUUGUACAGUGUAUUCCUCUUGAAGCACCGGUUGCAGUCUCGGAUUCACAGCCGAUCGAUGCCGAUUCCAAAAGCUAUGACGUCACGACCCGGCCUAACGAGUCGGUCACCGCCUCCAACCCUUCCUUCGUCGAUGGCGUCGCCACCAAGGACAUUCAUAUCGAUCCCAUUACUUCCCUUUCCAUCCGGAUCUUCCUCUCGGAGUUCGCCCUCAACCCUCCCGACCCAGAUUCGAAGCUUCAUUCCAAAGGCAAGCCCACUAACAGCAACAAGCCUGGUGCACCUCGACGAUCCGAUAUCGACCAGCAUGACAACAACAUAAAUGUCAUGAAUGGGAGGAGCAGCUGA